AUUAUUUCAAUGUUGCAAUCAUCUAACAUUAAUUAACUCUCUCUUUUGGUAUAGGAGAAAGAAAAGGUUUACACUUUUAGAUAGCUUUAAAGUAAAGAUGCACCUGCUACUUAAAAGCUUAUGAAUACUACAUUUCUGUCACAUAAUCCAGUUAUGAAGCUCUUAUCGGUAACUUUAGAGGAUAUCUAAAUACUGUAAUCUUUAACAAUUUUGUAAUUAUUGAUUUAACAAAUUAGUGAUCAAAUAAUUCAAGAAGGUUUGUCUUAUGGGGCAUUUUUUGGAGAUGAAUUAAUUUCUGCUUGUCUGACCUGUGAUAUCAAAACUUGUCUACUUGAAAAAGGUAUUUAACCAACAGUUACAGCUUAAUUAAUAAUCGAUAUAAUUGAUUAACUAUUUCAUGAAUUUAUGAAAAAAUAGAUAGUAAGUUAAAAAAAAGUUGCUUAUUUGAAUCAUUUAGGAACUUAUUAAGAUUAUUUACGAUAAAAUUUAGCAGUUGUAUGCGCCUAUUUAUCUAUGAAAGAAUGUGAAAAAUUAGAAUAUGAAUAAGUGUUUACAGAUUCUUGGCAUCAAGGGACAUAUGGAACAUUUUAAAAGGUUUUUUAAUAGUUUCAAAUUCUUAAAGAAAUUAAUCAAUUAAAAGAAUAACCGGUUCAUGUAAAAUCAUUGCUAGCAGAAUUAAAACCUUUAUAAGGAGAGAUGGAAAAAUGA